UGGGUGACGUAUACAGGAAAUGUAAACACAUUCGUGAGAAAUUUCAGCGAGCCCUUUUUGAAUCGUGUGCUUCUGCCACUAAGAAUUGUUUUAUUCCCGUUGGAGUUAUGCAAACGUGGAGUCUGGUAUCAAUUUGUGUCUUACUGGGAGUUGCUGUGCGAUGGGGAGUUUCGCUAAAUUCAUAUUCAGGGGCGGGGAAACCUCCAAUGUUUGGCGACUAUGAAGCUCAGCGGCAUUGGCAGGAAGUGACGUACAACCUGCCGAUUCGGGAAUGGUACUUCAACUCCACUGACAAUGACCUGGCAUACUGGGGUCUUGAUUACCCCCCUCUUACUGCCUACCACAGCUGGCUCUGUGCUUACAUAGCCAAUAUUAUCGAUCCUGAAUGGGUGAAGCUUCACAAGUCCAGAGGUUAUGAAAGUCCAGAACACAAGUUAUUCAUGAGAACUACAGUCCUGGUGGCAGAUUUGUUAAUAUUCAUUCCUGCUGUGGUUUUGUAUUGUCUAUACCUGACUGAUGGAUCCUCAAAGAAAAAGGUUUCUGUUCUGCUCUGCAUUCUUCUUUACCCAGGACUCAUUCUAAUCGACUAUGGCCAUUUCCAAUACAAUGGAGUGAGCCUGGGCUUGGCUCUGUGGGGGGUCCUGGGUCUGGGUCUGGGCUGGGAUGCGUUGGCCUCGAUAGCCUUCUCAUUGGCUCUCAACUACAAACAGAUGGAGCUCUACCACGCGUUGCCUUUCUUCUGUUAUCUGCUGGGAAAGUGCAUCAAAGCCGGUUUGAUAGGACGUGGGUUCCUCCUGUUGGUGAGAAUCGCUGCAGCCGUGGUGGUGACUUUUGCCCUCUGCUGGCUGCCCUUUUUGUCUGACCCCGUCCAGGCUCUGCAGGUGGUCAGGAGGAUUUUUCCCGUGGCUCGAGGUCUGUUUGAGGAUAAAGUGGCCAACACAUGGUGCAGCCUGAAUGUACUGAUAAAGAUCAGAUCCCUUCUGUCUGCGGAUGCUCAGCUCCACCUCAGUCUUGUCUUCACCCUCCUGGCGGUUCUGCCGUCCUCCAUUAAAUUAUUGACACGGCCGACCUUCUGGCACUUUAAGCUGGCUUUGGUGAAUUCCUCUUUGGGCUUUUUCCUGUUUUCCUAUCAAGUCCAUGAGAAGUCCAUCCUUCUGGCUGCUCUUCCAGUUUGCCUUCUCCUAAACGACCUUCCCUUUAUGAGUGUUUGGUUCCUGCUGGCAUCUACAUUCAGCAUGUUGCCUCUGUUACUGAAGGACGGUCUGCUGGCGCCGUAUGUUGUGACCUCAACGGGCUUCCUCCUCAUCAGCAUCUACCUCCUGUCUGCUCUGGAUCACAGCACAGAAGAUGAGCUACAACUAAGCACCUACAGGAAACUCUUCUUCUUCCCCUUGAAAUUGGACCUGGGAUGCCUAGCGAGGUGGAAGUUCUACAUCAGUGUAGCUGCCAUGGUGGGUUUGAGCAUCGCAAGCGUGACUCUGGAUCCUCCAUCACAUCUACCCGACUUGUUUCCUGUCUUGGUGUCUACAACGUCUUACUUGCUCUUCUUGGGGACAUUUAUACAUUUUAACAUUCUUCAGUUCAGUGGACCAAACAGUAAGAAAAGCCAAAAGAAGAGCAACUGAACUACAUUUUACUCCAGUGGAGUAAGUGUCCCACUAUAAGGUAACUGUACUCUUAUUGUGCUUGAGGUCUUUAUUACAGAGGUUGUUUGUGAAUACCAAAUGAAAUGGGUGAGUACUUUGUUGGUGAAAUAAUUACUUUUGUACUGUGAUUUAUUGUUUAUUUUUUUUUGUAUAUGGACCAACAUGUUAUUGUACAGUUUAGUUACAAUUAAUAACACUUUAGGUUUUCCAGGUUAAAAGACCCACAAAGUCUACAUAUUCGUCCAUGUUUUUAAGGCCUUUAUGCAAACUCAAAAAAGUGACAUCAGCAGUUUGUGAAAUGUCAGUCAUACUUGAAAAUAGGAUUCUUGUUCUUUACUUUGUUAUCAUUGUGGCCAAUGCUGUGUUGACGGCAACACAGCUGAUGUGCUGGACCAUUUUCUGUUCAGAUUUUCUUUGUUAAGCACUUUCCUGCUUAACAUUUUUACACAUCAUUAAACUUAUUUUGUACAAACUUCAUUUUGGGAAAUUAAAUCAUGCUUUUCGGA